UUAACUAACGUGUCAAUAUGUACAUUUACUUGGUUAACUGAAGCAUGUGUACCAGUAAAUACAUACUGCAUUAUAUAUUGCGGUGGUUUUGAUCGGAUUAACGUUUGUUUAAGAACCACGAAAUGUCUGCUUUAAAGGUGAAGGAUGCUGGUGGUUCAACUAUAGACAUGAUAGAUGUUGGUGGUUUCAUAGCUUCAAAUUUCAAGCCUCCCUCGGGGAUUAAAAAGCUUUUUGAUAACACACCGAACUUCAAGUUCAGAGAUGAUGAUGUAAUGCUUUGUACAUAUCCUAAAACAGGUACGCAUUUGAUGUUUGACAUGUUGCUGAUGAUAUUAAAGAAGUCAGUGGCACCUAUACAAGGCAAUAAGCUGAUACCACUGUGGCAGUGCCAAUCACUAGAUGACAUGAACAAGUUACCGUCUCCUAGAGUUAUCAACAGCCACAACCCACUCAGAUAUCUGCCUGUUAAAGGUUUAAAAGAGAAACAGAUCAAGACAGUGUUAUGUUGCCGAAAUCCCAAAAAUACUGUUGUGUCAUUCUACAAUCACAUGCGUGGUGUUAAAUACUACAGCUAUGACGGUAAAUGGGAUGACUGGUUGCCACUUUACCUUGAAGGAAAACUUGCAUUUGGAAAAUAUUCCGACUAUCUGCUAGAAUGGGAGAAGGCAAUGAAAGAAAACAUCGGAUUUCCACUCCAUGUUGUUUUCUACGAGGAUUUACAACUUGAUACUUAUAAGGAGAUGGACAAACUGUUAAAGUUUCUAGGUGUGGAGUUGGAUGACAAAUUAAAGCAAGACAUCGUUAAGGAAUGUGGAUUUGAUGUAAUGGCUUCAAAGCCAAUGCCUAAGGAAGUGGUAGAUACCUACUUCAAAGACGAUUUCAGGAUUUUCCGAAAAGGAAAAAUUGGAGAUUGGAAGAAUUGGUUUAGUGACAAACAGAAUGCAAAGUUUGAUGAAAUGUGGACAGAAGAAAUGAAAGAUUCAUCAUUUAAAUUUAUAUAUACUGACCCAAGAGCAGAUUAAAUAUACAAUGAGAGAUAACAUUACAAUCUUAUAUUUUUCGUUUUAUUUCAUUUAUAUAUAUUUUCCUGUUUGUAUAGCGUUUAUGCAUUUUUACAUGGUACUAGUUUUGCCAUAAGUGGACUAAAAUAUCGCCUGGUAAAAUCGAUCUUAGACUAACUUAUCUGCAUAAAAUCUUUUUGUCUGUGUCCUAGAAUAUUACUGCGAAUUAAACAUUUGUUUCUAAUAAACAAAGUUUUCAAUAUGUCUAAAUUGGAGUUAACUUCUGUCGCCGGUUUGUACAUAGAAAGUGUAAGUAGAAGGCCUCUUUGCAG